AUGAGUUCAGAGAAAAACGCAACCACGCCAUCACCAGUUUUAUGUGAAAAUAAUUGUGGAUUUUAUGGGAAUCCAGCAAAUAAUAAUUUAUGUUCUAAAUGUUACAGGGAAUUUCAAGAAAAAAAAAAAAAAGAAAUUUCUGAAGUGGAAAAAAUCAAUGAAAAAAAUAUAAAUGAUACUUUAAAUUAUAAGAAAAUAAAUGAACUAAUAGAACCAUCAUAUAUAAAUGAAAAAUCGUCAGAUAAAGAAAAAAUUUCAAUAUAUUCAGAGAAAGACAAUGUAACUGAAAUUGAAGACAAAAACAAAUGUUAUUUUUGUUGUAAACGUAUAGGAUUAUUAGGAAUAAAAUGCAGAUGUAAUCAUUAUUUUUGCUCAAUUCAUAGAUAUGCAGACGCACACAAGUGUACUUUUGAUUAUAAAAAAUUUCAUAAACAACAAUUAAUAAAAAAUAAUGUCAAAGUUGUUGCAGAUAAAGUUGAAAAAAUAUAA